AUGAGAUUAAGCGCCUAUGAAUCAGCUAGGAUCUACAAGCAGAAGAUAAAGGCGUACCAUGACUGGAAGCUACAAAAGAAGAACUUCCAGCCUGGUCAACAUGCGCUACUAUUCAAUUCAAGACUUGGGAUUUUCCCAAGGAAGCUCAAGUCAAAAUGGUCAGGACCUUUUGUAAUAAAAGAUGUCAAGCCAGAUGGAGUAGUGGAACUCAUAGAUCUAACUUCAAGUGAACCAGAGAGGAGUUGGAUCGUGAAUGGACAAUGCUUGAAGGUCUAUAAUGGGGGCCAUCUAAAAAGACUUACCAACGUCAUCUAUGUCCAAGACCCAUGA